AUGUCCGAAGGCUUCCUCGCAGAGCCAUAUGAAAACUAUGCCGGCGAAGCCCACCCAAUCUACCUCGGCAAGAACCGCCGGCUGGCCGACCCCGUCUUCUUCCCGGCUCCCGGCGCAGCUGCUCCCUUCAUAGGAGAUGCUCGGCUCUUGAUGGCCCAUGAGGUAGACGAGCAUCCGGACGGAGGAUUACACGUCGUGCAAGACGUCAUGCACGCAUGGGGCGCAGGGAACAUCUACAGGUUCCCCCCCGGCGGCCCAGCCCCCUCGCUGAACGACUACGAGAAAGCCAUGAGGGCAAUGGCCGCGGAGGUGUACCAGACGUGGCACAAGAUCCAGGCUCUGGUCCGAAAUCAUGAAGACGACAUCCAGACGUGGGUAAUAGAGGCGUAUCCGCGCGCCGAUGCCGACGUGGAAAUAAGUCCCCUCCAUAAGCUCCUCAGGGGCAGCUGGCUGCCCACGGUCCGUGACUUCAACAACUGCCACCCAGACAUCCGCAUGUUCAUGGAGAACAAGGACAUCGAAUCAGAUUUCCAGAUCGACGCCCCCCUCUACAAUUCACCGCGCAAGUUCCCCUUUUCCUUCAUCAACCAGUUCUUUUCCAGGGUCCGCGAGGUUGAUCGUGAGAUGGAGGGGCCGAGUCGAGACCACUACGCCGCCUUGUUUCGCCCUCCCUAUAACUUCAACGACAACCGAGCGCCGGCAGGCUGGCCGCAUAGAACGGAACCCAUGUUCGGCGUGGACAAUGGAGUCGGAUACAAUCACCCGGACUCGCGGGCAUGGUUCCGGCGCAACCGCGUCAUGUUCCUGGUCCCCGACUUGGUCUCCAGCGAGCUGCAAAAUCCUGUCCGGCUGCUGUCCUUCAUCCACGCCCGCGGCCGGCAGCAUCCUUCUGUGUUUGCCAAAAUAGACAGCGACAUGACUUACACUGGCAGGAGGACGACGUAUCUGACAGGCCCCUUGAUUGCUAACCGCAUGGUGAGCUUCAACCACUCCGGACCGGGUUCCGCAAGUGGCUACCAGCCAAGGCUGUGGAGAGGAUGGGGUGGCCAGUCGCAGUUCAGUUCGAAUCAAGUUGUCACAGAUGAGUACGCAGAUCUUUGGCAUCGUGGACAGCUUCUGGGGACGUCGGAGGCCUGGAUCAUGCUUCAGAGCCAGCGAGCCACGUAUCUGUAUCUCUGGAAUCUCCUCACUGGCAUAGCAACCGACCUGAAACUGGACCCUCGCACGAGUCUGACGCCCAGGCCGCCCCAGGAGCAGAGCGAAGUAUUCGCCUUGGCCAGAAAGCGCACGGAAUCCUUGCAGAGCAGGAAUCUGAACCACUGGCUGUACUUCACCAGACAGCAGCCAUUCGUCUCACCGCCGACAUCAAUCGACUCUCGAUUUCUGAGGGAGCUGCAGAACAAGGUUGAGAUUGCCGAAGCCCAUGUCCAGGAACUGUUCAGUGACCCAGGAUACUUCUUCGACCGCAUCGACGAGCUCAGGGACCACCAUUGGGGACACAUUGGGAUGAAGAAUGACGCCAAGAAUCCGGAUGAAAGCGAUGAAAAGGCAUCGUUCCUAGAGCAUUACGCGGACGAAAAGGCUCGCCAUGUGCUCUAUUUUGACCUGGUCCGAGGGGUGAUGAGGCGGUCCAUCUUCGAGUUCUACAUGUGGCACUCCAUCCACAGCCGUCUCCUCGAGUUCGACAACGCGAUGAAGCAAGAGUUUGAAGACUACGGCAAGAAGGACGACGCCGACUCGGACGGAACCCACAUGCUCCAGCAGCCGCCCGUCUUCCUCUCCCCAAGGAAGAAGCUCAAGCACGCCUCCGUGUCGGACAAGUACCUCGCCCUGGUUGUCAUGCUCCGCUACCACGCCGUCUUCUUCGUCAACGAGUUCCGCAAGAAGGGCAUCCACGCCGGCUCCCCCCAGAUGAGAGACAUCGCCUACAGCAUCGGCCAGCUCCAGAAACCCACCACGGAUCGCAUCUGCGACAUUGCGAAGACGCAUUACGGAGCCCCUGACCUGAAGCACCAGUCGAAACUCCAGGCGCCGUGGCUGCAGCAGCUCAGCAAAUCGGGCGGCAGCCACCCACGAUACUUCAUCUUCGAGGCCAUCGACACGUUCAUCGCCGAUCCGCUCGACAGCACAAACGCCGGCAUCAAGGACGCAGCGGCCUUCCUCCAGGAACUGACGCAGUGCCCAGACGACCAGCUGAAAGAGCUCUUCACAGAACUCCUGGACGACACAAUCGACGGCCUCGACCUCCUCUCUUCGCUCGCCGACCACCUCGAGUACCUGUGGCCGGCCAUGGACGUGGUCGGCGGCGCGGACGCCACCGAGGUCGACCGCCGCAAGUGGUUCGACAUGGGCAGCAAGGACGUCUCCAUCAACUUGCUCGACUUUGACGCCUUUGACUUUGACGACAAGGUCCCGAUGAAGCGUCUCAAGCGGCUGUUCCUCUUCUUCGACGAGCUUCAAGGGUUCAAGAAGGAGUCCGUGUCGGUGGGACACGCAAAGGGCGACCUCAGGCGGUUCGGGGCCUCGCUGCUGCGCAAGCUGGUAUACCCCCUCAACGACGCGGCGAAGGCCAGCAAGGCCAGCCGGGAGGCCGUUUCCAGGCUCAAAAGGGCCAUGGACGUGACCGGGGCCGAGUACAUCUACCACGAGCAAGAGAAGCCGCUCAACCUGGACGAGGAAGAGGCAGGCUUUGGCGUGGCGGUGUCUCUUGUGGACCAGCCGCAGAGCUACCGCAACAUUGCGGCUCGUGAGCGGCAGUUGGCCAAAGAGCGCCAGGAGAAGAGGGAUGAACUGAUCCAGCAGCUCCUGGAGCCUUCCAAGGAGGAAGCGGCAAAAGAAAAGAAGAGGCAGAGGAAGAAGGCCCGCAGAAAGGACAAGGCGAGGAGGCGAAAGCUGACAUCCGGCGAGCCAGUGUCGGAAGAAGACGACGACGACGAUGGAAACGAAGAGGAGGAGAUGCCAGACGUCGUCCUCCGACCAAACGCCGCCGCGGCUCAGAACGAGUCACGAUGGCAAGAAUCGCUCCAUUCCAUGCUCCAGCAGUUCCAGCUGCCCUCGGUCCCGGAAACCCGCACCUUUUCCGUCUCCUCGGGGCCACGAGCCGCCGUGCCAGCCCCGUCAUCCAGCAGCAGCAGCAGCAUCUCCUCCAAGCCCCUCCCCAAGGCCCCCGACGGACGCCCCAAGCGCAUCAUGAAGAAGCGCGAGUGGGCCACCCUGGAAGCCAUCUACGGGAUCCACGGCAGCGCCAACGCGGCGGUUUCCUACGCCCAGCUGCGCGCCAUGAUGGGCGCGCUGGGGUACGAGGAGGUCGGGCGCGGGGGGAGCCACAUGAGCUACGGCAGGGUGGACGGGCGGUGGCCGCAUGGCGCGCUGCCCAAGGGGGAGACGAUUCAGCUGGCGAGGACGCAUGGCAGGGAUCGCGCGGCGGCGGCCAAGGGCAAGUCGAGGGAUUGGGGGAGGAGGUUGUGUGAGAGGGGGUUGACGUUUGAGUUUGUGAAGCAGUGGUUUGUAAAGGGGUGA